UAUUUUACUUUGUGCAGUGCCUCAACUUGAUCUUCAACAUGGAAGGUUUUAGAUCCAAAUCAUACAGGGAUGGAGAGGCGCAGAGGGAGAGUUACUACGAAGGAGGGCCAAGGAACAUGCAGGACCUCAGAUGUUACAGCGCCGGUGGUUAUGCAAACACUGUUCAACCUAAUCAGAUUAAGUUGAAGAAAAGCAAAAGCACUUUUGGGCCUUCUUCAAAAGCCUGGAGCUUCAAUGACCCUGAGCUGCAGAGGAAGAAAAGGGUUGCUGGAUACAAGGUUUAUGCAGUCGAAAGCAAGAUGAAAGGGUCUCUCAAGAAGAGUCUUAGGUGGUUCAAAAACACUUGUGCCCAAAUUGUCUAUGGGACAUUUAUUCCCCCCCCCCUUUUUCCCAACUUGGGAUACGGUAACUUCUCAAGAAUCUUGAAAUGAAAUUUCCAUCAUCCGUUUUUGUA